GAACCACUGGCUAUGUUUCCUUUAAAAAUUCCUGUUCUAGGUUAUAUAGCUAUAUUUGUUAUGGAUAAUAAUGUGCAUAAUAAAUCUUUCUUCCUUUAAAUAUGUUGUGCGAGCAUUAUGCUACACUUCUUCACAUCAGUAAAAUUAUAAAAUAUCAUAAACAUGGCUACAAUUAUAAUGACCGCUUAAACGUUUAAACGUAUACGACGAUAUACUUUUCAGUAAACAAACAAAAAAACAAAAAACAGAAACAACGAAUUUAAUUUAUGACAACAAGACGUUUAGUCUGUCCGGAUUCACAGUUGUUCCUGUACUUAAAAUAUAGCCAAACGUAUAUACAGUAUUCUAAGUAUAUACAUUAUAAAAAAAAUAUUCGAAAACAACAAAAAAAAGUUUAUCUAAUUAAAUAAAAAAUCAUGACGUAGAGGUGAGUUUGUGGGCGUGGCUUAUGUGAAGCUCAUCACUUCUCGCCUGUCUUCACUUCAGACGCUGGACUUCCUGUGAAAGGUAAACAAAUGGAAGGCCAAACACCAAAUUGUCAUAUUAAUCAAAAUGUAACCCGCAAGCGGGUAUUUAAAGGACCGAAAUGCCUGGACAGAAAAGAAAAUACAACGUUCGUUUUCCACCCGGUCGCAUUAAGAAAAUCAUUCAGAAAGAUACGGAGGUGGGCAGAAUGGCCACUGCUGUUCCGGUUAUCAUAUCUAAAGCACUGGAAAUGUUCUUGAUCUCAUUGCUCACCAAGACCAGUUUAAUCACUCAGUCCAAGAACAGCAGAGUCAUGUCCAUCAACCACAUGAAACAGUGCAUUGAGUCUGAGAAGCUGUUUGACUUCCUGAAGGAGCUUGCGGAACAGGCCUCCGGCUCGUCAACAGCUAAAGAGAGCAAAGCCGGCAAGGGGAAAUGCCUGGGACACAGAAAGAAGUGGCACAACAUGUCCAUCAAAACCAAGUCACCAGAAAAGGAGGAUCUUCCCGAGAGGCAUAACACUGAGCCUUCAGACUCCUCUAGUGAGUCUGAGCUUGUCAUCUGCUUGGAGACACAGUCACCUUGAUAACAGACGAUGAAAUAGUGAGUCCAGCACUUAAGAUUCAUUCAAUCAUUCUACUACAUGUGUGAAACAGUUGGAUCCUCUCAACAUUUGCUAUAAUACUAUAGAUAAGAAGGAAAAAUUGGUCUAAAUGAGAGGUAUUCUCCAUGUGGGAUCAUCUGUAUUAUUAUUCAUGUUCAGAUAUUAUUUACUCAUCUAGCUGGCUCUGUAGCUCAUCUCAGUGAAAACUAGCAAUUUAUGAAGACCCAACAAGUUUUUCUUUUAAUAUUUCCCCCCCAAAAAAUUUUAUUUGUAUUUUUUUGCUACAGAGGCAGAAUUAAAAUGCAAAGAAAAUUAAAAUAACAAAAAAGCUUUGAAUUUGAUCAAACAAAUGUCAAUAUAUUUGUGAAAAUGUUUAUGCAAAUAUCUUGUUCAUGACUUUAGUAAGUUUUAAAUACAUAAGGAAAAUUACUUUGUGUUUUUUCUAUAAGAGGGAGAUUUUUUUUCUAUUCUGAGCACUACUGCUACUUUGUUUUUUUCUUUUCCUCUGUUGGAUUCAUAACUGUUGUUGAACCUGUGACUAUCUAAUAUGUUAAAGAGCUAAUGAAAUAGCAGUGCUAUCAAAGCACAGUACUGUUCCUUGACCACCUUUCAUUUACUGUUGAUGUAAUCCAGAAAAAAAGGGCUUUGUGAGAAUACACAUGGAUAUUUUUUAUAGCUCCAACACUAUGUAAUGUUUUAAGGUUUUCAGUAAAGAUGUUCUGUGGAUGUUCCAUGACUUUUGAAAGACAUUUUCUGCUCUUACUUUAUAUUUCACAAAUACAACCUGAGGAAAAACACCACUGAGCAUUAGGAAAGUAAGAGGAUGAUGAAAAUGUAAUUUAUUUUAAGAAAAAGUGAAUGAAACAGUUUCACCCGUUUCCAAGUUGUGAUGCUGAGGUAAAAUAAAUAAAAUCAGAUUUCUAUAACCCUAGAGCAUUUCCUUAUUUAACACCAGACUUUUUGUUAUGAAAUGAGUUCAUAUUUCUUUCUAUAUUUAUCUUCUGCAUGAUGUCUU